GAUGAGGGGACUGGAAAAUGGUUUAUGCUAAAAGCCUGUUGCAAUCCUUCACGCAGGAAAUCACUGGGAUUCCCAGGAUUCAGUGGAAAUGAGAGCUGGAUCCUCUGUGUUACAACCUAUCGUCUAUCUAUCGAGAUAAAAUUCAGAGAGAUUUACGUUUGGAAUGAUGAACCUUUCCACCAGCAUCAUUUUCUGCUUCCUGAUCCUGGGUGUCAGCAGCCAGACAUGGGGGACAUUUCUCAAGGAAGCCGGUCAAGGGGCUAAAGACAUGUGGAGAGCCUACAGAGACAUGAAGGAAGCCAACUACAAAGGUGCAGACAAGUAUUUCCACGCCCGCGGAAACUAUGACGCUGCCCAAAGGGGACCAGGGGGUGCCUGGGCUGCUAAAGUGAUCAGUAACGCCAGAGAGAAUAUUCAGGGAAUCACAGACCCUCUGCUUAAGGGCAUGACCAGGGACCAGGUACGGGAGGACUCGAAGGCCGACCAGUUUGCCAACGAAUGGGGCCGGAGCGGCAAAGACCCCAACCACUUCAGACCUCCUGGCCUGCCUGACAAGUACUGAGCUGCCUCUCUCUCUGCUCAGGAGACAGGACUGUGAUUCCCAAGGGCAGGGACACUGAGCUAGAGCGUUCUCUGCCCACAGAAGGCAGCAGAUCUAAUAAAUGCUUAAGAGAUGGCA